AUGGCUAGAGCUAGGUGGAAACCAACUCCACAACAGCUUAUGAUUUUACAAGAUAUGUACAAAAAAGGUUUGACAAAUCCAAAUUCAUGUCAAGUACAAAUGAUUACUUCCCAUCUUUCUAUGUAUGGAAAGAUACAAUGGAAGAAUGUGUUUUAUUGGUUCCAAAACCACAAAGCUAGAGACAGGCAAAAAGUGAGAAAACAACAAAAGCAAAACCCUAUUCCUCCUCCACCUCCUUCUCCUCCUUCUUCAUCUUCUUAUGCUUCUGGGCCUGUGAAUUGUCAACUUUACCCUAACUCUCCAACUAUAUUUCUUCAUCAGGUUGAAGGAACAAAUGCAUCACCUCAUCAAAUGAUGAAGUACCUAUGGAAGAAUGGGAUGAUGAGAAGCAACGGUAUGGAUUGGAUGUUGAUGACAGAUCAAGAAGGUUCUUCUAAUAAUAAUAUUGUCCAUUGCAACAAUAACAGACCUCUAAAAACAUUACAACUUUUCCCUGUCACAACAACUGGCUUCAAGGAUUAG